UCCGCUUUGUUGUCUGUACUUGUCACCGUUUAGUAAACAAAAACAUCUAUCAAAACACCAGAAAUCUAGAAAAAAAAUAUAAUUUCUUAAAAAAUGGACGAUAUAUUUUUCCCACCAACAAAAAGCAACAGUUUAGAUGACUCCGAUGAAGUAGAUCUAAAGUUCUUCGAUUCUCAUCAUCACGACAAUCACAAGACCAGCGAAAGUAGUCAAAAUUCCGAUUCAGACCACAAAUCGGAAGAUCAUCGGGAUUCUCGAGAAGAUGGAGAUGGUGAUAGGCGAAGAGUUAAGUCUGAAAAUUCCGACAAUAGAGAUGAUACAGAUGUCAACUCACUUAAUAAAAAACAGAAAACAAAAAAGGAAAUGGAGGAGGAGGAAAGAGAGAAAAUGCAAGUGUUGGUUUCAAAUUUCACCGAAGAGCAGCUAGAUCGUUAUGAAAUGUACAGAAGAUCCGCUUUUCCUAAAGCGGCAGUUAAAAGACUGAUGCAAACCAUUACAGGUUGUUCUGUUUCUCAAAAUGUUGUUAUUGCAAUGUCCGGUAUAGCCAAGGUUUUUGUUGGCGAAAUUGUGGAAGAAGCUUUGGACGUUAUGGAGGAAAUGGGUGACACAGGUGCCUUACAGCCAAAAUAUUUACGUGAAGCCGUUAGACGCUUAAGACAGCGCAAUCGUAUGCCUAUUGGCAAAUUCCAAAAACCAUAUUUUAGAUUAAAUUAAUUUUAUUUAUUUUUUUAGCAAUAUAUGUAAUUUUUAAAUAA